GAAUUUCAAUGGUGGCCCCGAAGCGACGCAAGACCUCGUCGGUCUCGACGAUGAGCAAGGACAGCGAGUCGCCGGCUCCGUCCAAGAUGGACAAGCGUCGCUACGACUGUAUGAUGAACCAGCGACGGUACCGCGAGCGCAAGAAGAGCAAGACACAAAACACUGAGUGGUAUGUCGACGAGCUCCGGCGCGAGACGCGUCGCCUCGAAGAGCACGCAGCGCUCCUCAAGUCCAAUAUGCUCAUGCGCAACAUUCAAGCCGGCACCUUCCGCUGCCGGUCGAUCUCGACGUAUUUGAACCUCUUCCGAUCGGGCCUCGCCCGCGUGCCGGGCCACUUGCUCAACCAGCAACUCGACAUCAUCGACAGCCUCAUGCACCCGAACGUCGUGCUCAACGGCAGCGUCGGCGUCCAUGGGUUGCGCCAGCAGUGGGAGGCGUUCAACGAGUACUUUUCCCAAAUCAACAUGAAGGUGCUCGAUAUGCAGACGCUCGGAGAUGACCACGCCGUUGUCGUCGUCGACGCCGUCCUCGAGCUCCUCUUUGACCGCCACACGAUCUCGUGCUUGUUCCCGAACGCUGUCGACCGUGAUAACCUCGUCGCGGCCGUCCUCGACAAGGUGAUUGCGUGUCCGCUACGCCUCUCGUUUGUCUUUGGCGACAACCAAGUCGAGUCGACAGAGGCCCACCUCAGCUUUGUCGAAGGCCUUCACAACGUCCUUGGCAACUUGCACGACACGAUGCUGUUUGUUCACGGCGAUGACGCGACGCGCAUUACACCCGAAGGCAUGAUCGCGGUCGAGGCGGUUCUCUUGACGCAGCUGAGCUCGCGCGCCCACGAGAUGAUCUCGACCCCGAUCAAAUUCGACAUGCUCAAGCCGACAUUGGCGCCGCUCAAGAGCGAAAUGAACUACAUCCUUAUGUAAAGACUAGAGUCCAUAGUUAGAUUAAGUUAUACGAAACCCAACCCAAUCAGUCGUCCAUGUCUACAA